UUCCGGGUGUAGGCCGAGCCUGGAGCUGACACGGACCGGGACUGGGAACGGGUGUGGGAGCGGGAGUAAAGACUGCCAGCGGCCAACACCCCCAGCUCUGGGAGCGGGGCGCCUUUCUCAGGGAAGCGAGUCGCAGAGGAAUAAGACAACUUUCCUUCUGUCUGCGGUGGAUUGAGAGUCCAGGAAUUAUCGGCAGUGUGGCUUCUGUGUUGGAAGAGGAAGCUCUAUUGUGUGGAUUACAAACUCAUUUGGGAGCUGGUGGAGAAGACGUUCAGCACAAUGACGUCAGAGCUGGAGAGCAGCCUGACGUCCAUGGAUUGGCUGCCACAGCUGACGAUGAGGGCAGCCAUUCAGAAAGCUGAUGCUGCUCAGAAUGUGGCUGGUGGCGCGGUUACAAAGAAGAGCUCCCUUCUGGACCCAAACACUACCCUGGACCAGGAUGCACAAAACAAAGAUGGCAAACCACCAUACAGCUAUGCCAGUCUCAUUACAUUUGCUAUCAACAGCUCCCCAAAAAAGAAGAUGACACUCAGUGAGAUCUAUCAGUGGAUCUGUGACAACUUUCCCUAUUACAGAGAAGCUGGCAGUGGUUGGAAGAAUUCCAUUCGACACAACUUAUCAUUAAAUAAAUGUUUCCUGAAAGUGCCUCGGUCCAAAGAUGACCCUGGCAAGGGUUCAUACUGGGCUAUUGACACUAAUCCAAAGGAGGACACACUGCCUACUCGGCCAAAGAAGAGGCCGCGAUCAGGAGAAAGGGCAUCAACACCCUACAGUUUGGACUCAGAGCCUUUAGGAAUGGACUGCAUCAUCUCUGGAAGUGCCUCUCCAACCCUGGCAAUCAACACUGUGACUAACAAAGUAACACUAUAUAAUACGGAUCAAGAUGGAAGUGAUAGCCCUCGCAGCAGCCUUAACAACAGCCUGUCUGACACGAGUUUAGCGUCUGUCAACCUGAAUAAUGUCGGCUCUGUCCACAAUUAUGCACAGGUGACAAGUCGAGCAGAUUCAGUCUCCCAGAGUCUAACACCACAACAGCAACAACAACAGCAACAACAAUACAGUAUGCCCGAGAGGGACACUAAACCACCCUUCUCAGAAUACAACUUUGAAGAUCUGAGUGCCUCCUUCCGUAGCCUUUACAAAUCAGUCUUUGAGCAGUCUCUCAGCCAGCAGGGGAUGAUCAACCUGCCUUCAGAGACUUCACAGCCAACCCAUACAUCUUGUUCCUACCAGCAUUCUCCCAACAGUACUGUCAGCACCCAUCCGCAUAGUGGACAGAACAGCCUGUCCAACAGCCAUGCAAGCAGCCUUGGAGGUGGUGGGGGAGGGCCACAGGUGCAACUGCCGCAACAUCAGAUCCACCCACAACACGCUCAUCACCAACACCAUCAGCAUCAACAUCCACAGCAUCAGCCAAACCAGCAACAUCAUCAGCAGCACCACCACCAUCAUCAACAGCAGCAACACAUGGCCUGUAAUAUUGGCAUUCCUUCUGAUUGGUGCAUGAAUCUGGACACUCUGAAGGAGAGUUUCCGCAUUGCUAGCAGUUUCAACUGGUCUGAUGUGGAUCUUUCCCAGUUCCAAGGUCUGAUGGAGAGUAUGAAACAGGCGGAUCUCAAUAACUGGUCACUCGAUCCUGUUCAGUUUGCGGACUUGUGCUCUUCCCUAAACCAGUUCUUCACACAAACUGGUCUGAUCCAGUCACAAGGGAACAUGCAGCCCUCCGUUUGUCACAGCACAAUGCAUACGCAGAAACCAAACCAGCACAUCAGUACAGGAAGCUUGUACAUUGACUCCAGACAAAACCUUCCUGCUUCAAUGAUGGGGCCCCCUGGGUACCCCCAUCUCCCACCUCUCAGUACCCCAGGACCAGCCAUGACAGCAGGGCACCAUGCAGGAAUGAACCAGCAACACAUGAUGUCGCCUUCCAGCUUUCCAAUGCACAGACCGAUGUCCCAACAUCACAACCCUGCAGACGAUAUCCAGGAUGAUUUCGACUGGGAUUCCAUUGUCUAAUUUUUCUUUCUAAGGACAAGCCUGUCAAUGUGACUCGGAUGUUCUUUUAGCUUCUUGCUUAUUUGUGUCGGCCAUUGCUGGCCACAAUCGCUGGACUGCUGCCUGGACACGGCCCCACCACCACUCUGCAAGAGAGCUGUACUUUUUUUUGAGGGGGGUGGGUGGGAAACAUGCCCUCUGCUUGCAGUCACUACCGAAAUGUGGAGAUAGCUGUUGGCCCCUCAGCGGUGGAGCAGCGGUAACAAGCAAUGAAGCUUUUUCUAACUCUGAACAGAUUUUUUUUUAAAUCAAAGGGAUGUGUUAAGGGUUGGUGUCUGAGCACUGCUCAUCUGAAUGAUGUGGCUCGGAUAUGAUCUAAGGUUCUGCAAGGAUGGUACAUUCAGUGCAGUUUCUCUCCUGUGCGUGGUUUUAUUUGGAGGAAACACUCCAAUAGGAAGAAACGUACAUGGAUAGGGGAUCAGAAAGCUGGCUUCUAGAUGGUCUCUCCAAGGAGAAGCCAGGGGUAUGGUCAGUAGCUGGGAGGGAAAUCUUUUACAAAAUGAGUUUCUUUUCAGAGAAUUUUGUCUAAAUAUGGUGCUGCAGAAAAACCUCUCAAUUUUUGUUGAAAAUCCAGUUGCUGUACCAGGAUUAGUAUUGAAGACAAUACUAGGGUAACUGGGGAAAGUGUUCUAAUGCUCCAAAGAUUGCAUUGCUUUGGCUUGCAUUAUCUUUGAAUCCCCAGCUUUUGUGCACAUAACACCAGCUUCCAAGUCUGAACUGUUGGGAUUCUCCCCUGAAGUCCCACCUGGAUGCUUAUUAAUAAAGCUACUACAUCUCACCACAAAGGUAGCACAAAACUCGGGUUUGCAGGUACUAUGUGCCAAGUGUUGAUGUGGUUUUAGUCAGAAUCCCAGCGAUAAAUGUCGUUUUGUGAUGGCAAAGGAGUCCGUCCCUCUCUUUGACUGGUAGUGGCUAUAAUCCAGUGAAGUAUCCUGAGAUGAAUGUUCAGCAACUUCUGGCGAGUUUGUGGUCUCCAAGUCGCACACAUACUAAAAUGCAAAGGAGUGAAGCACAGACUACAGAGCACAUGCAUGGUGCGAUCUUAUGAAAUGUUAACCAUCCCUUUUUGCUUUACCAAAAGUUAUAUGAUCAUAGUAGUAGCUAAACUGGUUACUGCCUUCCUCUUUCCUCUGGCCAAGGUGGAAAAGGCUGCAGUGCAUCGUAUCCCUUUGAGGGGUGCUGCAGGGGAAGUAUGUUAACCGAUAUUGCAUUUGUCAGCUUUGCAUGUUCAGUGGUGGAUAAAUGAGAAUUUCAUUAUAGGAAUCCCAUUCUGCUUUUAAUACUUGUGUUGCAUCCUUUUUCACUUUUUUGAUUUUAAUGAAUUGGAGCUUUUAUAUAUGCACUUUCUGGAGCCGUGCCUACUUGAUUAUUUCCAUCCCCCUUUUAUAUAUAUAUAAAAAAUCAUUACACCAUCAAAUAGUGCUUUCAGACUGCAAUACUGAUAUAUGGAUGCACAGCCUUUCUUGGUUUACACUUUCAAUUGUGAUUCAAGUCAAAUCCAUGCCUGUAUCAAGAUUAGGGCAGUAAUAACUUAUGGAAUAUGUGCUUCCUAGCAGAACAUUUGUUUUUGCUAGUGCAUGGUUUUCUUUUGCCUUCCAGCUUCUCUUACUUUCCUAUCGUCUCAUUUGCAGUUGAGGGAUUCAGUGCCCAUUUUUAAGCCAGUGACUAAGUGUGUUUUAUUAUAUUUUGUGAGCGUGGUGAUCCAGGAGUAAAAGAUGUCAAUAGACAGGCACACUGUUGCCCCAAAUUUGUCAUUAGAGGCUGCUGGGAAAUUAUGGCUAUCUAAUGGCAGAGGUUUACCUACUGCAAAAGCUUGAUUUACUAAAUCUUUGUAGAUGUAUUAGACUUGAGAUGGAGGCUGUGUAUAGUUCAUGAAUACCAAUACAGUGACUUCGCUCACUGGAGCAUUGAACUUAGCAAUUUUCUGCCCUGAUUCAAGAUGAGGAAUGGUAUGAAUCCUGAUGUGUACCAUAGAGCAGGGAUUUAAGGUCAUUAAUUCUGCCUUCAAUAUUUUUUUAUCCUCUUUAGAAGUGCUAUGACUUCUUGGAAGACAGGUUGCAAAAAAUUGGUUCAAAGCAUUUUGAGUUUAAAAUGAUUGUGAUGAAAGCACCAUUUUUAGUUGAAUUUUCCUACUCUAUAAACAGUGCAGUUACUUCUGCACAAGCCAGGUGAGCUGCAAGAGUGCUGUUCUUUAUUUGUACUUAGUUGUAAUCUCUGCAAUCUUAAGCUCUUCAUUUUAGUUUUCUAUCUUUCUUUUGGCUGUAUUGGAAAAUUUCUGACUUGUCAGCAGUGCAGGACGAUUCUCUUAGCAAGUCUUUUUGGCUCUUGCUUCAACUUCAGUAUUUUCCUGCUGGUUUUCAUCUCCGUUCUUAUAAUCCUGUUCCAGUCGCAAAAUAGUGGGAGUUGGGGGCUGAUUUGGGGUAGGGUCCUGUUGAAGAGAGAAGCAUCAACAUACAACUCAAAGGUCAGCCAUGGAAUUUUUAUUUUUUAAAUUUUCUUACUGGUUCUCUGCUCUGGACGUUUGCAUUGUACUCUUUGGCAAUGGGUAAUACAAAUGGGAAGUAUAACCUGCUUUAACUCAGUCAAAGAAGACUUAAACCACUUCAAUGCAAGCUAACAAAAGCUUACUGUUCAUGGACUUGUAGGUUGUACAGGUCAAGGUUUGUGUGUUAUUACUUAUAUAAUCAGGAUUCAGCAAUUAUUGCUAAAAUGUUUUGCCUUUUCGCACAUGACUACUGAAUAAGCAGAAGAAAAAGGGGAAACUCAAAUGCUAGAAAUGUGCAGCAUUUCUACUUAAAGAAGUAGGUUAACGUUCCAUUUGCAAUCCAUCAUUAAUUUCUUGAUCAAGCAAUUUCAUUCUAAUUGUAGGGCUCACUUAACCUCUUUGUUUCAUGUGGGCCUUUGCAAUGCAGUUGAAACAUUUUCUGCUUUUUAACUUCACUUUUAUAUUGGUACUUAAUGAGGUAAACCCAAGCAGUUUGAGUAUUAACUGGAGAUGUGAAAUAAAUACAUUUCCUUAAGCACAAACAGUGCUCAUUUGUUUCUCUUGAGUUGUGUGGCUGAGCUCUUCAGCGAAAUUGCGAUUUUUAUGAAAGCACAGUUUCACUGCCACAAGAAGCCCUCUGGUAUCUCUCUAAUUGGACCCUGCGGUCAAGAUGUUGAUAACUAGCAAUUGUUAUUGCUGUGGGUGUCAUUAUGUUCUCCCUCAAUGUCUUCACAUGCACCUCUACUUUGCUUAAAGAAUAGUGGAUACACUACUGGAUAGUGAUCAGGAGCAGAAACCCUAGAUUUUUUUUUCAGACCCUUCCUCCUCUUACCACCACAUGCACACGUACACAUCACCUGCUGUCCCCACAGAGAUCAGCAAAAACUGGAGGGGGGGGGGUGGUUUGGAGGCAUGGUAGUGGUGGAAAUGUGUAGUAUUAAAACUGGCCAUUUCUUAAGCACAACUACAACGAAAUAUCCUUUUUUUUAAAUGUACAUUUAAGCCCCAGAUAGUGUUUAGCACUUUAGCUUAAAGGGUAAAGUUACUGAGUUUCCAUUAAAGGAUUAAAACAAAACAAAAUGUUGCCAGAAUAACGAAAUUGUAUAAAGCUUGCUGUGCUGUGGCAAGAUACACUGAAGUGGAGGACUCAGCUGGUGCACUUUUUGUAUUUAAAGUUAAUGAAGGUUUUGGGAGGAGGGAAAAGAUUGAUGUGAAUGUUUGCAUUACAAAGAACAAUAAAAAAAAAUCUCCCAUUCUUGCUAAUAAGUAAGCUAAAUUUGUGGUAUAAAAAUAUAUUACAUGGAACCUGCAUCCAACCCUUCUGCUGCUUGAUUUUUGUCCUAAUAUGUCAAGUUUCAGCUACUAACAUAAUUAUUUUUCUUAAAGAUGAUACUUCGCAGCACAAGGAGAUUAGCAGAAAAGUUAUCGCUGUACUUUGACCGAUUGAGUAGGACUAGAGCUUGAAUGGCAUCUUCAAGAAAGUUUUAUUUUAACAGCGAUCAAACAAAAUCCUUUGCCAAAGAUUCCAAGCUGUGUCCUGAUUUGUAAAUAAAUCAAAUUGGAGCAUUUGUGCAACUUUUCACAGAAUUUAUUAAUUGCUAUUGUGUUUGAUAAGCCAAAAUUUUGAUGAUAGGUUUUUAUAAUAGUGCUAUCAAUCUACCCAAAAUACAAUGCAGGAGUAAGCAAUGGCACCACCUGGUGACAAGAUGUAUAUCACAGCCCAUUUUGCAAGAAAGUAGACGUCAAAUUCAGCCCUUGGAGGGAUGUGUUAGUAUGUUAUUGAAUAACUGAGGCACUUUUCUUAAUUGUCAAGAUCUUAACCCCUGAACAAGAUAUUUGACUAUUUUGUAUGCAAUGUAAAUCAGAAAUUUGACUUUUAAGAUUUUGCAUUUGAUCUUGGUAGAUAAUGUUUUGCAUGACAGGGCAGGCACAAGUCAGAUUUUUAACGUUUGUUUUCGGUUUUUUAAUGAAAUUUUAGCCCAUUUAAAUAAAGCCCUGUUUACAGUGUACAUGCUUAAAGUUAAUUGUUCAUUCAGAGUAGAUACUUACAAUUUUGAAAAGUUCUUAAUGUUUAUGUCUGUGAAUUUGAAGGAGUUUUAGAAAAUAAUGUUAGAGUCAUCUUGCCUGCUCCUGUGAAUUGAAGUACUGGAUUGUGGCAGGUUGUUUUCAGGUCUUGGCUGACACUGGGUCUGGUGACUUGUAUUUGGAUGGGUGGAUUGUGCAAGAUAUUUUUUCAACUGCUAUUUCUCUCAUGGCUGAAGGCAAGAUCAGUAAAAUUUCCAGGACAAGUUAGUUUACUUGGAAUAAAAAUUGCCUCAGCAAUACCCCUGUGCUAUUUUGAGGAAAUCUGCCUGGAACUGAAACUAAUUAAUGAUUUGUUUCCUGGUCAGAUUUUAGACAAUUGGUUCGUAUUGGUUCCCUCUCCUUACUGUUUGCUGCUUUUUACAAAUCUGAAUCUUGACUGGUAAACUUCUUUUCUCUUGUGCAUGCCUGAAGCAAUUUAUUUCUUUCCAUUUCCAUGGUGCAGCUCUCCAUCUCAGCACUGCCUUCUACACUCUCUUAAUCGACUGUUCUCUCCCCUUCCUCUGGAACCAUUUUGUAAUGUAAUCAGUUUUGUAGCUUCUGAAAACGUAGCUUUUAUGAAGGAAAUUGUGGCUUUCUUUAGUAAAAUUCUGAAUGUCAAAUCUGUACUCGGAGAACAGAGUAGAGCUAAUGUAAACUCUCAUAACUCCACUAAAGUAUACACUUAAAAUUGGAAAAAAUACUGUUGUGUCUUGCUCCUGAGCUCCCUCAUUCCUGCAUAUUGGAACAGUUUUUUUUAAAGAAGUUAAUUUUUUUUUAUAUAGAAGCUGCCAGUUGUCUGGGCAAAUUAUCUCAACUAAUCCUAUUUGGAUUUUAGAUGAAAUUACAGAAUCAAUGACGAGAAGCUUCAAGAGCCCAUCUCUGAGAGGAAUUGAUGUGUUGAAUGGCUUAUUUUUUUUUCCUUCUUCUAAUUUCAUUUAUCUCCACAUCAGUCACCCGGGACCUGCAAAGCAGGUAGGGGUUUUGACCCAUUGGAUGUGCUUUACCCGCUUUUGGGAGACAAGAGAAACCAUCAAGACAUUGGGUAGUGCCUGAUAUCUAAUUGUAAGAGUCAUGCCAUUGGCUGGACUCCCAUUGUUUACAAAUGUUGGCGUACUUUAAAACCCCAGUUAGUUUGAGUCAUUUUUAAAUGAAAUUGCAUUAAAAUGACCAAUAUGUUGUGAAUGUUUUUUUAAAAUAUAUAUAUUUUUGAAAUUUAGCUUUUAUGAGGAAGACGCCAGCUUACCUGAAUACUGCUGGAUUGUUUAGUACAUCCACUAUUUUUAAAAAAAAUUAAAGUUGUAGAAGUAAUCAAGAUCUAGUAGUUUAAAAGUCUGUUGCAAGAAAGAAUUGAUUAAUCCCUCGAUCAGUGUGCUUGAGUUACAAAGUAAAGGGCUAAAUAAACCCUCUCUACAUACAUUAUAGAUCCCCCUGGAAAAUAAUCAAUUUGUUUUGCAGUCUGCGCUGUUAGGAAAUUUUUUUAUGCAUGUAGUGUUACGUUCUUGCUGUUUUAAAAGAGAAAAAAAUGCAAAUAGUUUCAGAAAUAUAUUUACGGAAUCAUCUAAGUAGCAGAAGGCGGCAGCACAUCAGAGAAAUUUUAAUGCUGCACUAUUUGACGGGCCUGCCAUAAAGGGCAGCCUACUUUGUAAUACAGUAUGUAGGAUUAUAAAUAUUACUGACCACCUUUAAAAGGUGCAUUCUAUUUUUAAUAAAACAUUAGUAAUCAUUGAAAUUGAAACAGAUAUAUAGUAUGUAGGUUAGCCUAUACCCUUUUUAAAAAGUUUAAUUGACUGUCAAUGUAGAAUCAGUCUUCCCUUGAUAAGGAGUGAGGAAAGAAUGCUCCACUAUGGUUAGAGGACAGCAAUUGUGUCAAAGGCAAGGAUGUGGGCUUGUUUAUCUAGCAGCAAGCUUCUGAGUCCUGUCACUCGGACUCGCUUGUCUUGGUUGGGUGAUUGCAGCCAUUCCUCAGGCAACCGGUGGUUUGACAAGCAGUGAGGUCAGAAGGGAGGGAGAAUGAGGAAAAAACAAAAACAUUUUGGGUUUGAUUUCAGGCCGUAACAGAGCAAUUGGCAAGGCAAAUGAGGCCUUGAGGAAAGCAAGAGGGAGAAUAAAUUUAAAUAUAGUAACUUUUCUCAGACUGAGUGUUGCUAAACAUAUAUAUGACUUGGGAGAGCCAGUCUGUAUGAAAAGCAUUUAAAAACAGGUCUUGAAUGCAGGAGUGGAAAGGGAGACUCCAAAUAUUCACUUUCACAGAAGAAUGAAGUAAAUUUUAAAAGAAAGUGUUUGUGAUAAUUACCAUUAACAGUUGGCAGAAUCACUACAUUAGUGACUGCUGCUGAUGUUGAGCACAGCUUCAACUAGUAGUAUGUUGGGGGGGGGGCACUUGUGGAGGGAAGGUGGUAGUUGGUAAAGGGACGUUUGCUGUGUGAAUUCAAAAGUAGAUUAUUCAUUUACAGUGCUGUGGAUAAAAGCAGGGAUCUUAUUCCAAGUAAGGCAAACCCCAUUCUUCUCAUCCCCUACUUUGCACUUGAGUUGAAACAUUCAGAAGGUAUAAGCAAGGUUGGAUUCCUCUGUUCCAAAAAUCCUGAUGAAUAUUUUUUGUUUGUAUUCUGUUGUACAUUUAAAUGGGUUUUUGAAAAAAAUUGUCCUCUGACACCUCUCUUGUUGAAAACACAUCAUUCAGAGUUUGAAGUCAACUUGCAGUGUGCUGGAACCCAGCAGUGGUAGCUGUUGUGACGACAGAGGGUCAUAAUCCCUCUGAGGAUUUUUUUCAUUUUUGACUGUUGUAAAUGUAUUUUAUUUUUAACUUUGUAGCUGUCUCUGGCAGCAUGGACAGAUUUCUUGCAGAAACCAAAUGAUUUUUUUUUAAAUCAAUUAGAAUUUGAAUUUGCUGAUAAUUACACAUUAAAGACUUGGACAGAAACUGUUUUCUUCAUGAGGUUUUCUUGGAACAGGAGUCUGAACCUCUUUUGGAGUUGGCUUAUCUCCCCUUGUAUGCACUGCCAUUGUCUUAUGUGAGAGCUCCCUAUGUAUUUGCAGUAAAGAGGACACUUUGGCAGUUUUGGAAUAUAGGCUACAGGCAGGAGGAGAAUCGACCUCUUUCCAGCAUCACAAAAGCAAUGUUGGCUUUUGUGGCACAUUAAAACAAAAAUGAAUAAAAAAAGUGUUGUGGUGUUCAUGUGCUUAAUUGUAAAUAUUUGUCUUUGAAAUUGUCCUUUUAUUUUUUGGGGUGGGAAGGGGGACAUGGCAGAGACCAGGGUUUUAUUCUAUAAAGGAAUACAGAGUAUUUUGAUAUUGUGCAUUCCAAGGGUGAUGUGUACAUAUCUAUGAUGUAUAUAAUGAUGAAAUCAUUAUCAUUUUGUGCAGCACCAGCUCUUCUCUGUACUGCUGUUCUACAGUCAGUGUUUCAGUGUUUGUAUUUUUUUGUUACUGCACGUUUUAUUAAUCCUAGCUGAAAGAAAAAUGCACAACUAUCCUUUGUAUCAGUUUACUGCUGUAAAAUACUACCAAAUGUCAUUAGUUGUUGCUGCCAGUCGUGAUAUGCAUGGAUGGCACUUAUAAUAAAUGCUGUAGCUUCAGUUAUGUGUUAAGGGCUUCUCUUUUAAUGAGAUGUUAUAAUCAAACUUGCAAUAGCAGAGACUGCGAG